CAGUGUCAGGUCAGCGUCAGACGCGCGUAGGAGCAAGGUAGCGCUGGCUUGUUGUGUUGGUUGAACUGACAGUGAGAACAAUCGCUUGCGUAUUUUUUUUGCGAAUUUAAAACUGUUCGAAAGAAAAGUAAAGGGAAAAACAUUAGACUAUGUGGUGUAAUCGAUCAUCUUUGACGUGUUAACAAACUCAAAAAGUUUAUUUCUUGCAGCAAGUUAUCCCAAAGAACAUCAAAAGCAAGAAGAAGAAGAAAAACAAAAUUAACAUUGCAUAUGAUGAACCCUUAAAUAAUGCAAAUUAGGAAUAAGAAAGAAAGAGACACAUAAGAACAAUGUUAACAGCAGCGUUCGAGAACUUUGUAGGUAGCGCUCACAUGUUCGUCACAGACUGGCUACAGGUUUCAUCGACAGCUUGAACAUUUCAAUAUAAAGAAGAGGAAAAAGGUCAUCAAUAUCCUAAGACAGUGAAAACAUGAAAAUGAAGCGUGCAAUUCCUUUAAGUGUCUCUCAGGAAGGAGGAACGAACAUGUAAGAUGUGAACCAUGAGGGAUCCCCUGCCUGCCUUCCUCCCUCCUCCGUCGACGAACCUGAGACACGCGCGUGACACGACGCUUCUCUGCUUCUCCCUCUUCCUCCUCCUCUUCUGUGUCCCUGCUUCCCCUGCUUCCUAUGGAGGCAGGGAGCAGGGGAAGACAUGGGGCACGGUACUGUCCUUCGUACAUCAUCCUACACAAGCUUUUGGUCCUUCGGCUGGCGAGAGAAGACCUGCAGCUCCCUCCGUCGGCGACAGUGUAUAUAUAGGUCCCCCGGAGGCCGGCGUUGACUCCCUUUGGGCAAACACGAACCGGAAUCCGCCAGCGACAUCCAGAAAGCAAGAUCGGCUCGCUCGGUUUUCCCGAGGACAUCGUAUUUCCCAGACUAGAGAUUCUGAGCGCGUGGGAGAGAAGGAUGCUCAGGACUCGGAGGUGGUUCGACACGACUACUCCAUUAGGACCUCGGAAGGAGGAGGGCGAGAUCAAGCCCAAAGGAGCGCGAGGAAAGAUCCCCUCGAGAGCUCUGGGAGACAGGAAGCUCCCUCUGAAGGGCUUAAGGGCAGGAGCGAGGAUAAUCGACCCAAGACAGAGGAAGGAGGGUUCGCCAGAGACAGCGAACAUGCUGAUACUCCACACAGUAUCGACUUUCAAUUAUCUCAAACUCCUGAAACAGAGUUAGUCAACAGGCCCGGCUCCUUUCACCAGGAUUCACUAAGGCCGUUGGAUACCACAGACACUCGAGUUCUCGGCGUGCCAGACCAGCCGACGUUGCUGCCAGGAGGGCCGGACCUGUGGCACCCUCCACCCCUGAACCACGCGGAUGUCUUCCCUCCCCUUCCGGGCUAUAAUGAGUUUGGAGCCCCCUGGAGCGGCACAAUGGAGGAUUGGGGGCCUCAUAAGCCGCUCCUCGGGCAGGGAGGUGUUAUGGAAGAGGAGGAGGAUGAGCUAGACAGCAUCCUUUUCCACUGGCCCUUAGGGGGCAGCCAAGUGGCGCCCAACAUCGUCCCCGGGAUGAGCAGUGAAUCCGGCUGUGGAUGCUGGGACACGGAUUCCAAAGAGCGGGAAGUGGAGUGCAGCUGCUGGGGCCCUUCUCUGGUGGAGGUCCCAGCCAACCUCUCCUCGGCCGUGAAUAUCAUCGCCGUGACCAAUGCCGGCGUGGAGAUCCUGCGAAAUGAUUCGUUCACUCGCUAUCGCUCUACACUGCAGGAAAUAGUCCUGGAAGACCUAGAGAACCUGCACACCAUCGAGGCCGGCGUCUUCAGGGGCCUGCCUCGCCUGCAGACCAUCUACAUCCACUCCGCCCCGGCGCUGCUGACGAUGCCCAACUUCACCUUCACGCAGGAGAACGCGAAACUGCUCAGCUUGCGGAUUACAAGAUCAGGCCUGCAAAAAAUUCCUGUCAUGAAAUUCGCUGGACGAGAAAACAUCCUCAACAUAAUUGACCUGGAGAGCAACCGCAUCUCAAAGGUCAUCAAGAGAAGUCUUGAAGUUCGUGUGGAACAGCUUUUACUUAAUUACAAUAACAUCGAGAGUGUGGAGGAGGAAGCCUUCUCUGGGUCGGCCAUUGGAAGACUGAGCUUCAAGGGCAACACCCACCUGACCUACAUUCACCCAAAUGCUUUCAGCGGCAUUGAGAGUCUGCAAACCCUAGACCUUUCAGAGACGUCGAUCACCUCGCUGCCCACCUACGGCCUCAAAGGGUUGGAAGUCUUGCGCCUGGAGAACACCCCGACUCUGAAGGUGUUCCCGUCUGUGUACUCCUUCAGAACAAUCCAGGAAGCCCAUCUCACCUACCCCUACCACUGCUGCGCCUUCCAGUUCCCGGAGACACACGACCGAGAACAAUAUAUCAGGCACCAAGAGUUCAUUAGAAAACAAGAAGAGGAGUUGUGCUCGGAUGUGACGUCACCUAGCAAUCCGGUUCUCUCCUCGAACGCCCGAGUCAGACGCCGGCGCCGCCAUCUUGUCACACCCACCUUAUCUACGCCGGACCCUCAGAGACUUCAUGAAAUGCAGAACGAGAAAGAAAUGCAAACCAAACAAAGAGUGAAUCUCGCUCUCCCUUCUGAAAUUAUCUCCAACCCUUCGAAAAGGAUUCACACCGCUGGGAGGAUCCAUCGACGUCAGGAUUCUCAGGAUUUAAGUAAAAGAAGGGAUCCCGCGCUGUCGAGAACGGCGCUCUCACCGCGAACACGCCAUUAUGAGCACCGGACACGUAUUGCGAAAGAGAACUCGCGAGACGCAGACGAGACGCAGCCCCACACAACCGUCCUAGGAUAUCCCUCGGACGUCGUUACUCACGUCGUGGGAGGGCAAGAGCCGAGGGCUCGAUCUCGUCGCAGGGACGGCGCGAGGAUGCAUCCAUUGAUCGACAGGUCAUCGGAAUCCGCAAUUCACUCGCCGGAUUCCCGUUUCCUCGCGGAUGCCGACAAGAUCAGGCUGCAGGACGAAGGACCGAAACCAAGUGCCUUGGACGAGAUCAUCCCGUCGCCGGACAAGAGGUUCGGGAAGGAGGAGUUCCCGGACAACGGAGACGACGUGGCAGAUAAAGAGAGUUUUGUGGGCAGGAUACCAGGGAAUGGCUACCCGAGCUCCUUCCUUGGGUUCGGCUCCUUUAACUACUCCUCCGACAGAUACCCGACAGACGCCUCCAAGAGCAACGAGUCCGCCUCGAGCGGCCGAUGGGGCGGCCAUCAGGGCUGGGCGAGAGGCCCUCCUCCGCCCCUGGACUCCGGCGACGACGACACCUACGGCCUCUACAUUCCUCACGACGGCGGCCACGCCCUAGGCUUCCCCGAAGCCACAGACGGCGAGGGGUUUCACGAGGCCACGGGAGGGGGCUUCCGCCUCUUCGACGAGACUGACGACGAGCCUCUUGUCCCGCUGCAUCACGACAACAGCUGGCAUCCCAUACAGGCACCGCUCAACAACACCACGAUCAUCGUCCUUUGCGGAAACAUCUCCAAGAACUACCACGACGUGCUGUGCAUCCCGGCGCCGGACGCCUUCAACCCCUGCGAGGACAUCAUGGGCAACCUGGCGCUGCGGGUCGCCGUGUGGUUCGUGGUGGUCACGGCCGUCGUGGGCAAUCUGGCGGUCAUGCUCGUGCUCGUGUCGUCCAAGUUCAGAACAUCGACUCUCAGGAAACUUGAACAAAAAUUAGACGUCAGCCGAAGUCGGUGUGUCCCAUCUUAUGGUUGUUCUCCUUCUUCAAGAAUGACUGUCAGUAAGUUCCUGAUGGUGAACCUGGCCAUCGCCGACCUGUGCAUGGGCGUCUACCUGCUCAUCAUCGCUGCCAUGGACCUGCACACCAUCGGCGUCUACUUCAACUACGCCAUCGACUGGCAGAACGGUCCCGGUUGCAAGGUCGCCGGCUUCCUGACGGUGUUUGCCUCUGAGCUCUCCAUCUUUACGCUGACUGUGAUCACGUCGGAGCGCUGGUAUGCCAUCACGUACGCCAUCCAUCUGAACAAGCGCCUCAAACUUUCCAUGGCGGCCAAGAUCAUGGUCCUCGGAUGGAUCUACUCCAUCUCCAUGGCGACCCUUCCCCUCGUCGGCAUCUCGGGCUACAGCAAGACGAGUAUCUGUCUGCCGAUGGAGACCGGAGACGCGCUCGCGCUGGCCUACCUUAUAUCCCUCCUGUUGGUGAAUGGCCUGGCCUUCUUCGUCAUCACUGCGUGCUACGCCAGCAUGUACUGCUCCAUCAGCAGGCACGAUGCCACGGCCACGCAUUCAGACCUCACCGUGGCCAAGAGAAUGGCGCUCCUCGUAUUCACAGACUUCGCCUGCUGGGCCCCCAUCGCCUUCUUCGGGUUGACAGCGGUCGCCGGCCUGCCCUUGAUCAACGUCACCCGAGCCAAGAUCCUCCUCGUAUUUUUCUAUCCUCUCAACUCCUGCGCCAAUCCCUACCUGUACGCCAUCCUCACAAAGCAGUACCGGCGGGACCUGUUCAUCCUUCUCGCCAGACACGGCUUCUGCACCAAGAGGGCAAUGAGGUAUAAGGGCGCGUAUUCCUCUGUGAACAACACUUUCCCCCACAACACGGUGGUCAACGCGCCUAACCACCGUAAUUCAACGCUGACCCAGAUUACCCUCUGUGACCUGACGCGGACAGCCCGGGCGUCGCAGCAAAGCAACAAUGGCUCUCUUCUUGGGACUAUGGUAGGAGGCUCACAGGACUCCCUCCAGAGGAGUGUGUCGCCUUCCAGAACGCCGACUAAGCCAGAGACAUGCUGCGCCGAGACGGAACGACUGAGCACGGUGCAGGAGAUGAGUCACAGCACCCACAGCGACGACGAAAGUUCCGAUCACGCCCACGCCAACAACGACGGCGGCGAGGACGACGACGGGCCAAGCGGCAUCGUCAAGCAGGCCGGCUCGCCGCAUCCUAUCAAGAACUGCUACACCAGACUGCCCUUCACUCCCGAGCAGGAGAAGAUUCUCAAGCAGGCUCUCCACGAAUCAAAAGUCAAGAAGAAGGCGAAAGGAGACGCUCUAAGAGAACAUGGGAGUCAGAUUCCCGAAGAAAACGAGAAAUUGAUUAAAGAAAACGGCAAUGCGUGCCAGGAAAUGAAGACCUUCGGGCGAGGGGAAGCUAUUGUAGUCUGUGAAGUCGAAGUCAGGCGCAGUGGCGAAAGAAGUUCUGCAUCAAAUAGAAAUUUAGACGAAAUAGAAGCUACAUCAACAGUGUAAUGGAAUAAUAAGGCGCAUAUAUAAAACUAGCUGUAUGUCUGUUGAUAUAAAUACAUGAUUAUAUAUGUUUGAUUAUGAAUAUGAGUUUCAUAUUGAUAUUUAUGUUAGCAUUGAGUCACACUGCAUAAUUGCAAUGAGCUUUGUAAAGCCAUUUUUGCACCACAAUUAAUUGUGUUUCCGCCUGUAGAGGACUUAAGUUCAUUGCAUGUAUGUCCGUUGCAUGUAAUGUGAUGUUUAAAACAAACAAAACCAUUUAACAGAUUUCAGAUAGUUAAUUUUUGUUCAAAAAGAAUUUCGAGAUCCGAAUUUUGAUCCUCAAUGAAGCAUGAGGAACAAGAAUCGGGUUGACUUCUUUCCUAUAUAUAUAUAUAUUUUUUUUUUUUCUCUCUUUUUUUUUUUUUUUUUUUUUUUUUUUUGCCUGUCGGCUCAACCAAGCACAAAAUUUAAAUAUCUAUUGAGUUGUUUGAGGAGACGAACUACAAUAGAUAUCAGAUUGUCCUGUACAUGGAAUGGGUGUGAUUAUUUUUAUAUUUUCAUAAUCGUAUGUGCAUUUAUAGUAUAUAUAGUAGGAUAACAAUUAUUAAGUGAGAAAAUCGCAUUACAGGACUCAGUAACCACAUAUAUAUAAAUAUACCUUAAGUGUCAUUAACGUAUAUGUAAAUAGGUGAUUCUCGCUUCUCCGUCCCGGUUAUGUUUUUAUUGUGUUGCUGCCCAGCUUUAUGUGUUUGUAAAUAUGAAAUUCCAUAUUACAGUAAUUUACGACAGCCAUUUGUUGUAUUUUCACAUGAAUAAACUAGUCAUUAGUGCUUAAA